AUGGGCAUAAGAGAAAUAUCAAUCUCAGGUCACAAGCUCACCAUCCACGAACUCGAAGACGUGUGCGACUCAGCCACCGGCCGAGUCCUCACCGGGUCAUGGCUGUGGGACUCCUCCCUGCUGCUUUCCCAGUGGAUGGCCACUCGCGCUGAAGAUAUCAGAGGCAAGUCCGUCAUUGAGCUAGGUGCCGGAACUGGCCUCCCGGGGCUGACGGCGGCGAUGCUGGGGGCGGGGCGGGUGGUGCUGACGGACGUGGAGGCGCUGCUGCGGGGGCUGGAGAGGAACGUGGAGGUGAACGGAUUAGGGGAGAGAGUGGAGGUGAGGGAACUAGUGUGGGGGUCGGAGGAGGAGGAGGAGUGGGUGAGUAGUGGAGCAAGGAAGGGGGAGGGGGAGUUUGAUAUCGUAUUGAUGUCGGACGUGUUUUUGGAGGUGGAGGCGAUGGGGGAUUUGGCGAAGACGUUGAAGAGGGUGUGUGGGAGUGGGAGUCAGGUGUGGUGCGGGAGCGAGGUGAGACAGUGGACAUAUGAGUGCUUGGGGCAGUUGGUGAGUGAAGGGUUUGGAGUGGUUGAGUUGCCGAGUCCAGUGGGUGUGUCGGAUGGCAGUUGGGACCUAUUUUCCAUUUUCCAUCUCAUUCCACCGAUUGAGGGUUGCCACGUGGGCGAGUAUCUUGUGCUUGAAGGUCUGGGUGAUGCGUAG